UUCUUUAAAUACGAGUUUGCUUCAAUUGGUACACAACAACUAAAUUAAUGCAUUGUAUAUUUGUUAACCCCACUAAGGCAAAUUAACUUCAGUUUAAAAUAUUAUCCUAACCAAACCUAAGAGAUUACCCUUUCCUUGUUUUUUUUAGCUCUCUAUAAAACUAAAUCAUAUUACCUACUAACUAUAUACAAGCAAAACUCAUAUCAUUAUCACUCCGCUGGCUCUUCUUUUACCACCCCCUCUCUUCCAGAAAAUAGAGAAAAGAUAAAAGAAUGGCUUCCAGUAGUAAUACUUCCAAGUCUGAUGAUCAGUAGCAGCAUUAUGCAGACAAAGAAGCAGCCCAGAAAAAGCAAAAUGGUAAGGAGUCAUCGACGUGGUCAAUCUCGAAGGAAAUGAAGUACAUAGCGUUUGUGGUUCUAGUCAUAAUUUGGUGAUGAGUGCAGCAAUGGGGACGAUUUGGGCAGUGGUGAAACCCAAACGCCCUGUAUAUGCUAUCGAAUAUGCUCAUAUUGAAAAGGCGGUCCCGAACUCUGAGCUCACAUCUCUUGCUGGCAACUUUAGCUUUGUGAUGAGGGCCUAUAAUCCCAACAAGAAGUCCAACAUUUACUACGAAUCCAUGAAGAUUUAUAACACUAUUGACAGUGGAAAUGAAAACGCUAUUCCUGUUAGGCUUGUAGAGGAUUUCUUUCAACGUCCUUUCAAUGUGACUCAGAUUCAUUUCUUGGUUUUGGCAACAUUCUCCUCCAACGAUGGUGCUGACAUCAUAAACGAGUAUCUACUGCACGGCAGAAUCACAGCAAAAAUUUCGGUCAAGGCUGUCAUGAAGUUUAGGCAUGGAAGCUGAAUAUCUAUGCCUCGCGCUAUUGGGAUUUAUUGUCAACCUGCAGCUAUAUUGCUAUGUAGAAAUUUUUAGACCACUGGUUGCUAUGUUGGUCUUUAAUAUUAAUGUUAUUAAUCAAGCAUCCUCUA